AUGUUGUUGGUAGGCAGAACACGCCUUUUGACUUUCAAAACCUCUUCGCGACAAGCCCAAGUCGUCUGCCAUGCUUGCAGAGCCAGGGCUCUACACGAUUCCAGGUCUGCUGUAGACUAUACGUCGAAGUACGCCGACAAGCUUCAACGACGGGCACAAAAGGAAGGCGCAAGCCUGGAGGAGCUGCGUGCACGAGUCAAGGAGCAGCAAAAGGCGCAAGCGAAGGAAAGACUGGCUGCUGCAGCUCUUGCUAAAGCACAUCCCGCUCAGGCGAGCAGCUCGACACCUUCAUCGUCGCCGUCAAAGGAGAAAUUGCCCGGCGCGUCCGUUCGCAAGGAUAGUUCCCCUGUGAAGCCGUUAUCUAGCAUUUUGAACCUCCAGCGCAUCCUGGAGACUCCGCACACGUCUCAACAGGUCUCGGCACUCUGGACGACCUACCACGCUUCUCGUUCAGGUGGGACUGGCCGCGGGUUUCUUUGCGCGUCCAUCCCCGUCGACAUUUACACCAAAUUGCUGCCGGUCGCACAGACAUAUCCCAUGUUUGUCGUCCCAGUUCCUCGUGCUUCCGACAAGGAAGAGGAGAAAGGGUACGAGUUUUACAUCAUGCAGUGGGGCAUGCACGACGCUCCUCAUCCACCGAGCCCGGAACACUUUUCAUUUCCGCCUAAACCUCAAUCCUCAACACCUGGCCCUUCCCCGAAUCCUCGUACAGCGACGGUUCUGUUCACUCCCCUGAUGGAGUACAAGCUUCGCGAGACGUUCGCGACGCCUUACCUCGUUCUCACGUUUUACACCGACCUUGCACACUCGCACGGUGUGGUACUCCUCCGCGGAGAGAUCACGCCAGCCGUGGCCAAGGCCGCGUCCCUGCCGUCGGCGAACGCCAUUCAACACUCAGGGGAAUUUUUGCUGAACCAGCAGGACGCGCAGUUGCUCGCAAUAGGCGUGCAAAAGUUCUAUCUUUGGAAUGACGGAGAAGGGAAUAAUGAACGGGUGGAGCUGCUGCGAGCGUUCCAUGAACGCCCUGAUGACUUCAAGUGGGAGGAGUUAUUGAAGCAUGCAGAGAUCAUUGCGUAA